AUGCUGAUAGAUCUGGCUACUUUGACCUACAAGAAGAAAUUAAGAAGUUGGGAGUUAACAAGUAUUGUGUAUAGAAUACCUGAUGCUGGUGUUGGAGCUGAUAGUUUGAGAGAUGUAACUGAUGAUAAAGGGGUUAUGGAGAUUAUUAGUUGUGGUAAGAAUAAGAAAACUAUAGUUCAGAUUUAUGUGGUUGGUGGUGACAUUAAUGAUGGAGAAGAAGAUGAGAAUGUUGAGGCAUCAUUCCAGACAAAAUCUUCUAGCCAGCAAGAUACUGAUGAUGGGGAAGAGGUGAAUGGUUUGAGUCAGGCUGAGGCAUCAUUUCACACACAAGCUAUCCAACAAGAUAUUGAUGAUAGAGAAGAGGUGAAUGGUUUGAGUCAGGCUGAGGCAUCCAUUGAGAAAGAGCCUGCAGACCAGUUGGAGGAUAUUAAUGAUAUUAUUGACAACUUCACUUCUGUUGAACAUGGUGAAGGUGAUGCAGAAACUAAUAGUGCAUGUGCUGGGUUGGGGUCACAAGAGUCAUCUGAUGAUGAAGAUUAUUUUCCAACUCGGGUGAGUUCAUCAGAUGAUGACAUGUCUGAUGAUCAUCUUUCUGAUGAUGAUGAAUAUGUUCAGGCAAGAAAGAACUUAAAGGAGUUUAGGAAAAAAGUUCAAGAUUGGGAUGAUGAUGCAGGCUAUACACAUCCAAUGGCCACAGCUGAGAUAGACUUUGAAGAGGAUGAAUUAAGCCAAAGGGAAGGCCCAGAAAGCAUACUGCACCCCACAAUGUGGUUUAAAUUUCUAUUCAUUCAUAUGGGUCAACCACUGGUAGAGGAAGAGGGAAGAGGAGUGGGUCUACCACUGCUAGAGGAAGAGGAAGAGGGCAAAGUAGUGGGUCUACCACUGCUAGAGGAAGAGGAAGAGGGCAAAGUACAGGGGACUUCAUAUGCACUUAAGAGAGUGAGGCUGGAAAUUAAGAUGUAG